AUGGCACUUACUGGACUAGUAAUAACACUUGGGACACUGCUCAGUGGCAUACAUUGUUGUGUAAAUCCUGAUGAUUUUCUGGGAGCCAAAUCUCAUGGCGAUAUUAUUAUUGGAGGAUUGUUUGCAGUUCAUGGUAAGAUGAUGAGUUCAGCAUCAGGUUAUCCAAAGAAACCAGCUAUUCAGAAUUGUGCAGGCUUUGAAUUGCAAGGGUUUGUUCAGAUGCUAGCUAUGAGUCACACCAUGGAAAUGUUAAAUAAUUCAUCCUUCAUACCUGGGAUAAAACUUGGCUAUGAAAUAUAUGACACCUGCUCUGAACCUACUUUGGCUAUGGCGGCAACAAUGAAAUUUCUUUCAUCAUACAACUCUACUUAUGACAUUUUGAAAUUCAGCUGUAAUUAUACAAACCACACACCGAAAGUUAAAGCAAUCAUUGGAGCUAGUUACUCAGAAGUUUCUAUAGCUGUUUCAAGGUUGUUAAACAUACAGCUUAUACCAUUGGUCAGUCACUCAUCAUCUGCUGAAAUACUCAGUGACAAGCUGCGUUUCCCUGCCUUUGUUAGAACAAUAUCUAAUGAUGCAUAUCAAACUAGAGCAAUGGCAAAACUAAUUUACAAGUCCGGGUGGAACUGGAUUGGGAUUAUUGCAAUGGACGAUGACUAUGGACGUUCAGCAGUACAGAGUUUUGGAGCGCAAAGCAUGGAUAUAAAUAUAUGCAUAGCAUUUAAAGAAUUUAUACCUUCACAUUUAUCUGACACAACAGUACAAUUAAAAAUUGACGAAACUGUUAAGAAAAUAUUGAAGGAAACCAGAGUAAAUGUUAUUGUUUCUUUUUUAAAACCUACACUUGUUACAAAACUCUUUGAACAAGUAAUAGAAAAGAAAAUACAAAAAACUUGGAUAGCUAGCGAUAGCUGGGCUGCUGCAACUUUAAUUAGUUCUAUUCCAAAUAUCUAUACAGUUGGUCCUGUGAUUGGGUUUUUAUUUAAAAGUGGAGAUACAACAUCAUUCACAAACUAUUUGAAAGAUCUUAAUCCUCAACACUUUGAGAUGAAUCGACUCUUGGACCAAUACUCAGAGCUUUUGUACGAUUGUCAAGACAUGAAACAAAAUGAAUUAUAUAACUGCAUUUCUGAUUCCUCCAAAGAAACCGUAUUCGGUAUAAAGAGAAGGAUUAAAUUGCUUAGGAAAGAUUUCCUGUCUGCCACAGUUCAUCCAGGAUUUGUCUAUAGCACACAGCUAGCAGUGAUUGCUAUCGCGCAUGCCAUAAGAGAUAUCUGUGUGAAUAGAAACUGCACGAACCCAACCGCUUUUGCACCCUGGGAGCUGCUCCAAUCCAUAAAGACAGUGAAUUUCACUUUUGGCGGCAAAAAUAUAUACUUUGAUUCCAGUGGAGAUGCAAAUACAGGAUAUGAUGUUCUUAUAUGGAAGAAGGGUAGCAAUGGAAACAUUAACCUUACAUAUAUUGCAGAAUAUGAUUCACAGAAUGACAAAUUCACAUUCAAAAAUAAAGAAAAAGAGGCUGAAUUCAGACAUUUAAAGAAAAUCCAGUCCAGAUGUUCAGAUCAAUGUAAACCAGGGGAAAUGAAAAAGACUUCAACAAGUUUACACACAUGUUGCUAUGAAUGUGUACCAUGCCCUGAAAACCAUUACAGCAAUAAACCUGAUAUGGGAUUUUGUAUUCCAUGUGAAAACAAGACUUACUGGGCUCCAGCAGGCAGCGCUAUGUGCCGUCAGAAGAAGAUUCAGUACCUGCGCUGGAAUGAUGGUUUCGCAAUUGUACUUCUCAUCAUUUCUUUCCUUGGUAUUAUACUUAUCUUUGCCAUAGCGAUUUUAUUCACAAAGAAUUUUGAUACUCCCGUCGUCAAGGCGUCUGGUGGUACUCUUUGUUAUGUUAUUUUGUUCUUUAUAUUUUCUAGUUUUGUAAGCGCUGCUUUCUUUAUUGGCAAACCAGAGGAUUUCAAAUGCAAAGUAAGGCAAACUUUAUUUGGGGUUAGCUUCACUGUGGUUGUCGCUUGUAUUCUUUUAAAGUCAAUUAAAAUAUUACUAGCUUUCAGUUUUGAGCCCAGAAUACAGAGUUUCCUGAAGUGUCUUUACAAACCGAUUACAUUAGUUUGUACUUGUACAGGAAUACAGGUCACCAUUUGUACAUUAUGGCUGCUUUUCUGGUCUCCUCAUAUUAAGAUGAAUUUUUCUCUUCAUCAGACUAUUAUUUUAGAAUGUGAUGAAGGAUCUGCUGUGGCUUUUGGUGUCAUGCUGGGCUAUAUUGCUGUCUUGGCAUUCAUUUGUUUUAUUUUUGCAUUUAAAUGCAGAAAACUUCCAGAGAAUUACAAUGAAGCCAAAUUUAUUACAUUUGGUAUGCUGAUUUACUUCAUAGCAUGGAUAACAUUUAUACCUGUGUAUGCUACAACCUUUGGGAUAUAUUUGCCAGCUGUUGAAAUGAUUGUCAUCUUAAUAUCCAGCUAUGGCAUCCUGACAUGUACCUUUCUGCCUAAAUGCUAUAUUAUGGUAUAUAAACAAGAUACAAAUACAAAAACAGCUUUCUUGAAUAUGAUUUAUAAAUAUUCCUCCAAGAGUGCCGGCAGUUUGGCAGUCAGUCAUAUUUCUGUCAGUUCUAUUGAUUCAGGUGCUCCGAUUUCUGAUAUACAUCCUGUAUCAUCCGUUAGUUGCAUAAGUAACAGCUUCUCCUUUCAGGAAAGGCUAGUAGCUGCAGAGAUAACUUCUAGAUAUACAAGUCAUACAAGGAGACGCUUAUCAAGUAUUUAA